AUGGCCGACAUCCAGGUCGGGGACCUGGUCAACGUGCCAGGAGGAAUGUACGGGACAGUACGGUUUAUUGGUACCGUCGCUGGCAAACCAGGUCGCUUUGCUGGAGUCGAGCUCGCCGCCGAACAUGCGAGCAGAGGUAAGAAUAACGGAGAUGUCGACGGACGAACCUACUUCAAAACAUCUAUUCCAGGCUCUGGGAUUUUCGUCCCGAUAAACAACAACAAAUAUGUCACGAAGCGCCUCGUCAGCACUCCGCCAACGCCCGUGAGAUCGCCCGUGAAGUCUCCUAUCAAGUCCUCAACGAUGAACUUCAGCAAGUCUGUCGGUCCUAGCCCUGCUGUGCCUAAACCCAGGAUGCGACGCCCUUCUCUACAUCGUCCGGAGUCUCCUCGUGGAGCACCUCCGUCGAAACUGAACUUGGCGGGAUUACGAACCCCGUCCGCUCAGAUGAGGACAUUACCUACAAACGGUUUCUCCAGAUCGCCGAUGAAGACACCCUCACGCCUGUCAGACAGACCGCCGUCCCGAGUGAGUGUAGAGGAUGACACUCCAACGUCCGUCCGAACAAGCGAUCCCCUCCGGUUGCAAGCGGGAGGAGCUGCACAGGCAGAGCUGCAGGAAUUGAGAGACAAGGUUCAACAACUCGAAGCACGACUCAAGGAUCGCGACAAGCAAUUGGAGGAUCAAGCAGCUACGCUAGCCGAGUUCCAGAAGAGCAUCACGGAGCUGGAGGGAUCAGAUGCUCUCUCUAUCAGGGCUCAAUUGCGCGAGAAGAAUGAGAAGAUUGCCCAGUUGACAGCGGAAUUCGACAGCCACCGGGCCGAUUUCAGGAGCACUCUAGAUACGCUGGAGAUAGCUGCAUCGGAGACGGAAAGAGUCUACGAGAGAAGACUGGAUGAACUGAUGCAACAGAACAGAGAACUACAAGACCGCGGCGAAGAUGUGGAGACCGUCGCGAGGCAGCUGAAGCAGCUGGAAGAAUUGGUGUCGGAGCUCGAGGAGGGUCUCGAGGACGCUCGACGAGGAGAAGCCGAAGCCCGGGCAGAGGUCGAGUUCCUGCGCGGCGAAGUAGAGAGGACCAAGCUGGAAUUGAAGCAGGAGCGUGAGAAGGCCGUAGCCGCUCUGAAGGAUGUGGAGUCGUCUUCAGAUAGCCAACGGCACGUCAAAGAACUGGAUCAGAAAGAGGACGAAAUCCGCGGGCUCAAAGCAAUCAUCCACUCAUUGAGCAGGGGAGAAGCGAACCCGGCCGUGUUGCGCCAGGACGGGGCGUCGGGGGCAGACCAUGAGUCCCAAAACCCAGAGAAGGUUGCUCAACUAGAGGAGCGUGUCCAGCAACUUGAGGGUAUCACAGAGCUCAAGGACAACCUAAUUGAGGAGCUGGAGCGUCAACUCGAACAGAUGCAUCUGAACGACACUGCUCCAGGCCGUAACCGCAGCGCAACUGUUAGUAAACGAACCAGUGCCGGAAAUGGAACCAAUCCAAAUGUACCUCACGGUCCUCACCACGCUCACCAGCGCUCUGACCGCACUGUGGUUCCCAACGAGUGGAACGAUGGCAAGGAUGACACUGCCCAGCGUCCGGCGCUUGUCCGUGGCCGUAGUGACGAUAUGCCGCGGAGACUCGACACGAUGCAUGAAGUUGACAACCAAUCUUCUGAUGCGGGUUCUUCUGCAGCCUGGUGCGAGAUCUGCGAGAUGAGCGGCCACGACAUUCUCACCUGUACAAACAUGUUUGGCAAUGCCAAUGGAAAGACGCAGAAUGCCGCUGCCAUGCCUGUAACUCCUGAGCCUGAUAUGCCUCACGUGGGUGGCCCAGUCACCCAAAUUGGUCUCAGCGGAGGUGGUCUCAACAUCCGUAAGAACCUUGCGAGCAGCCCGAGUUCUCAGCGCACUGGCCGGGACGCGGUCCUUGAAGGCCUCAAGGGGAUCGGCGGUCUUACAUCUUCUAUGUCUCCCGUCGCCGGAAAGGAAUCUGGCGUGGUUGAUGAGAGCAAAUGGUGCGCGCUCUGCGAACCACCCUUUCUCUCUUACUCCGGGAAUCGCGGUGGCUGCACGACUUCUCCCUCUGCGUACUUGGUCGAUGCCACCGUUCCGCAGUUCUUACACGUUCGCUUGCCCUCAUCUGCGCCAAACUCUUCCACAACUUCCUUGACCUGCGUGCCCAGAUCGGUGCACACGAAGCGCUUCUCCCAUACGAUCUCUCCACACUUCCGACAGUACCAUCGCAUAAUGUCCACGGCAUCCUUAGGUCGUGGCAUCUCCAAGACCACGCCCACAGUAUCUUUAAAUCGGAUGGGGGAGUGCGGGAUGGCAACCCCUCAGCCUCCGGUGCGCUUUACGACGCACAGGAACCUGGUAUACCGUUUGGUUCUGGCGACAUUGACCGGACGUGCCGUUCAUAUCUCGCAGAUUCGACCAUCAUCUGCUUCCAACCCUGGUCUGGCGCCUCAUGAAAUCUCUUUUCUGCGUCUACUGGAAGCCGUCACCAAUGGCUCCCAAAUGGAAAUUUCCUACACCGGUACAAUCGUCGUCUACAAACCGGGUUUGAUCACAGGAAGCGCACAAGGCUCGGCUCCGGUCAAUGUUCUCUUCACCGGCCCUGGUGUUAUCACUUCCAGUACCCCGACCGGUGAUAUGUCUGUGGACAGCGUCAGAACCGCUGUCCUCCCUCUCUUUAACCAGUUUGGAAUUUUCAACAAUAUCGAACUGCGCGUUCUCAAACGUUCUAAUCCCGGACCCAACGGAAGAGGUGGUGGUGGAGAGGUGCAGCUGGUCUUUGGCCACCAGGUCCGCCUUCCGAAGACUCUGCACUUGCUGAACCCGGGAAGGAUAAAGAGAAUCCGUGGUGUCGCAUACUCGACUGGAGUGGCUGGUUCCAACAAUUCCAGAAUGAUCGAGACCGCAAGAGGAGUCCUUAACCAACUGGUUCCCGACACAUAUAUCUUCUCUGACGUAUCUUCUGCGCCGCUGAUGUCGGCUCCGGAGAAGAACAACCCCUCAGCCAAGAAGAAGACAGGUCUUGGAUUUGGUCUCUCCCUUGUUGCUGAAUCCUCCACGGGCUGUCUAUUUUCCGCCGACCUGGCGUCGCCUCCAUCCGGCGGUACUCCUCCCGAAGAUAUCGGAAAGCAGUGUGCAUACCAGUUGCUCGAAACUAUCUCGAAAGGAGGAUGUGUGCCUCCUGCAUCAGCCCCUAUAAUGGUGACGCUCAUGGCCAUGGGAUCAGAAGAUGUUGGUCGUCUGCAGCUAGGAAGAGAGGUCAUUGCGGAUGAGAACCUGAUACAGUUAGCAAGGGACCUGACCAAGUUCGGUGCUCCUGGCUGGGGUAUCCGGGAUGCGUCUGGAGAGAAUGAGAAUGGAGAUGUUGUGAUAAGUGUUGUUGGUCGGGGUAUUGGCAAUGUUGGUAGAAAGAUUGCCUGA